AGAGAAGAGGAACCUUUCCCUGGGGGGCCAUGUCGGCUUCGACAGCCUCCCCGAUCAGCUGGUCAGCAAGUCUGUCACACAAGGCUUCAGCUUCAACAUCCUCUGUGUGGGUGAGACUGGCAUUGGGAAAUCCACACUAAUGAAUACCCUCUUCAAUACCACGUUUGAGACCGAGGAAGCCAGUCACUAUGAGAGCGCAGUUCGCUUGCGGCCACGGACCUACGACCUGCAGGAGAGCAAUGUCCACCUGAAGCUAACGAUUGUGGAUGCGGUUGGAUUUGGGGAUCAGAUAAAUAAAGAUGAAAGGCCAAUAGUUGAGUACAUUGAUACGCAGUUUGAAAAUUAUUUGCAAGAAGAGCUGAAAAUCCGCCGAUCUCUCUUCAACUACCAUGACACGAGGAUUCACGUCUGCCUGUACUUCAUCACCCCGACCGGGCACUCGCUCAAGUCCUUAGACCUGGUGACAAUGAAGAAGCUGGAUAGCAAGGUGAACAUCAUCCCGAUUAUUGCCAAAGCAGACACCAUCUCCAAGAGCGAGUUGCACAAGUUCAAGAUAAAGAUCAUGAGCGAGCUGGUCAGCAAUGGCGUGCAGAUUUAUCAGUUCCCCACAGACGACGAAGCAGUUGCCGAGAUCAACUCUGUGAUGAACGCUCAUCUGCCCUUUGCUGUGGUCGGCAGCACGGAGGAGGUGAAAGUCGGGAACAAGCUGGUGAGAGCUCGGCAGUACCCGUGGGGAGUGGUGCAAGUGGAGAAUGAAAGUCACUGCGACUUUGUGAAACUGCGGGAAAUGCUGAUUCGAGUGAACAUGGAGGAUCUUCGGGAGCAGACUCACACCCGCCACUACGAGCUGUACCGGAGGUGCAAACUGGAAGAGAUGGGGUUCAAGGACACAGAUCCAGACAGCCAGCCCUUCAGCCUCCAAGAAACGUACGAGACCAAGAGGAAAGAGUUCUUGGGUGAGCUCCAGAAGAAAGAGGAAGAAAUGAGACAAAUGUUUGUUAACAAAGUCAAGGAGACGGAGGCAGAGCUGAAGGAGAAGGAGAGAGAGCUGCAUGAGAAAUUUGAGCACUUAAAAAGGAUACACCAGGAAGAGAAAAGGAAGGUGGAGGAGAAGAGGAGGGAGCUGGAGGAAGAGAUGAACGCCUUCAACAGGCGGAAAGUAGCGGUGGAAACCUUGCAGUCCCAAUCCUUGCAGGCUACCUCACAGCAGCCGCUGAAGAAGGACAAAGACAAGAAAAA